UGCAGAAACGGCAAAAAGGACCACCAAACUUUCUCGAGGAUGUGUCGACAGCGUACGUGCCUUUAAUUUCAUACUACAUCAUGUUUGCUGUUCGGGCCUGUAUACUCAUGGUAUUCAUAUGUUUUUGGUAUAACUACGUCAAGGCGGUCGAAACCAGGGACCUACAGACAUGUGAAACACACUUGAACAAAUAUCGACGAUUCCUGCUUCAAGCUAUACUAAGCUUCGAAGAUGUCUGUGAAGCUUAUAAUACGAGAAACUUAGUUAUACCAGAUAAUGGUCUACCCCCACCAAUAGCAUUUUUUGGUCACUAUCAACCACCAGAGCCAAAAGCUGAAAUAUGGACAUUCUUUAAGCUGUUCAUGGCCCAAUUUAACGAUGUGGACUUUGCAAACAUCGUACGGGAUGCAGUUGUUGAGAGAUGUCACUUUAAAUUGCAACAACAGCAAUUGCAGCAACAAGCGCAGCAGAGAGAUGAGAAACGCAACACUGUGGUCUUGGGAAAGAAGCAAAGAUUCCACUCAUGGGGUGGCAAACGAAGUGGUGGUGCCCUUGCAAACGAAUUGGAAACAGAUCACACAGAUGAAAACACUUUACCGUACUAAGUUAUAACUACUCCACGGACUUUCAAGUGGGCUGGCAUUCCAAAGUAUUUUAGAGAUUCGUUGAAAGCUGUCCGAGCUAACCCAACAAAUUCUAGAUAAUCCAAAUACUGAGGUGUACAAAAUUAACAUUACUCUUUUAAUUCUUUGUUUAUGCAUUGUUUUAUAUGCUCCAAAUUUUAUCAAAUAUACAUAAAUCGCAGCAGA